UUGAUUAUGUGAUGGCUUCCUACAAGACCUUAGUUGUGUUGUUUGGUGUUUUUGUGAGUUUAUGUUGUUUGAAUAUUGAGGCGAGUGAAGCAGCCCGCCGUCUCCAACAAACACCUUCCUCGUCCGACCAACAUGUCAAUUCACAAUUGCUUACUCUCCCGUUACAAAUACCACCUAUCCGUCUCCCUCCUCUUGUACCAAUACCACCUAUCCGUCUCCCUCCUCUUGUACCAAUACCACCUAUCCGUCUCCCUCCAAUACCACCUAUCCGUCUCCCUCCUCUUAUACCAAUACCACCUAUCCGUCUCCCUCCUCUACCUAUUCUUCCACCUUUAAUACUACCACCAAUAUUUCCUCUUAGACCACCACCUCCUCCUCCUCCAACUACAAUUCCACCCCCACCACCUCCUCCACCUCGUCCCAACAUUCCACCAACUUCACCGCCUCCUCCGAGCAUUCCACCUAUGGCUUUACCGCCUCAUCCCAACAUUCCACCAAUUGCUUCGCCUCCUCGACCAACCACUCCACCAAUUGUUUUGCCCCCACGCCCCAUGAUUCCACCAAUGGCUUCACCCCCUCGUCCAAUCGUUCCACCGAUAGCAUCACCUCCUCGUCCAAGCAUUCCACCAAUGGCUUCUCCCCCUCGUCCUAUUAUUCCACCAAUAGCUUCGCCUCCUCGUCCCAUCAUUUCACCAACUUCACCACCUCGCCCUAGCAUUCCACCAAUGGCUUCGCCCCCUCGUCCUAUUAUUCCACCAAUGGCUUCGCCCCCUCGUCCCAUCAUUUCGCCAACUUUGCCACCUCGUCCUAACAUUCCACCCAUGGCCUCACCACCUAGUCCGAUAGUUCCACCGACAGCAUCACCCCCUCGUCUAAGCAUUCCACCAAUGGCUUCGCCCCCUCGUCCCAUCAUUUCACCAACUUUGCCACCUCAUCCGAACAUUCCACCCAUGGCCUCACCACCUAGUCCGAUAGUUCCACCGACAGCAUCACCCCCUCGUCCAAGCAUUCCACCAAUGGCUUCGCCUCCUCGUCCCAUCAUUUCGCCAACUUUGCCACCUCGCCCUAACAUUCCACCAAUGGCCUCACCACCUCGUCCAAUCGUUCCACCGAUAGCAUCACCUCCUCGUCCAAGCAUUCCACCCGUGGCUUCGCCCCCUCGUCCCAUCAUUUCACCAACUUUGCCACCUCGCCCUAACAUUCCACCCAUGGCCUCACCACCUCGUCCAAUCGUUCCACCAACAGCAUCACCCCCUCGUCCAAGCAGUCCACCAAUAGCUUCACCCCCUCGCGCUAUUAUUCCACCAAUGGCUUCGCCCCCUCGUCCCAUCAUUUCGCCAACUUUGCCACCUCGCCCUAACAUUCCACCAAUGACUUCACCACCUCGCCCUAACAUUCCACCAAUGACUUCACCACCUCGUCCAAUCAUUCCACCAAUAGCUUCACCACCUCGCCCUAGCAUUCCACCAAUGACUUCACACCCUUAUCAAUUUAUUCUAUCGACUGCUUAGCCCCCUCGUCCAACCAUUCCAUCAAUAGUUUUGCCACCUCGCCCCAACAAUCCACCCAUUGCUUCACCAUUGUCAUCCUUGUAUUUCAGGGACGGCUCCUCUCAAAGUUCCACUUGUUAGUUCACCUCCUCUACCAUCAAAGUACUAGCGUUUCUCGAGUUUGCACUGAAAAACCACCAUCUUUAUCUCCACAUUGAAAUUUUAAUUGUUUGAACUUAUGUUUUCAAGCCUUAUCAUAUGAACUACUACAACAUCAAUGUAACUUCUUUAAGUUAUAUAUUAAUAAUAAACAUUAUGGUAA